UUGUGCAAUUGAAUUUUAAUAUAGCUUUGUAUCAAUAUUAUCAUGCAGCAGAUUAUAAAUACGGCAACAAUGGCGGCCUCCGUAAAAAAUCAACUUUCACAGCUCGCUGGACUUUCUCACUCCGGAGGAUCUCACAAAGAUGUCACUGAAAAAUAUAAAGCCAUUCUGGAUACAAUAUUGAAAGGUUCAAAAGAAGAAUUAAUACCAUGUUUGCAAGUGUUUGUAGAGGCUUUGGUAAAUGAAAAUGUUAGCCUGGUUAUUUCAAGACAGAUUUUAUCAGAAUUUACAACACAGUUGACCAAGCUACCAGAUAAUAUAGCCAAACAAGUAUCACAUUAUACCUUAGAGAAGAUUCAUUCUAGAGUUAUAUCUUUUGAGGAGCAGGUUGCAGCAAUUCGCCAACAUCUAGCAGAUAUCUAUGAACACGAACAAUCAUGGAAGGAUGCUGCAAAUGUUCUUGUUGGUAUUCCAUUGGAAACUGGUCAGAAACAAUAUACCACAGACUAUAAACUACAGACAUAUUUAAAAAUAGCUAGGUUAUAUCUAGAAGAUGAUGAUCCUGUAUUAGCAGAAGCUUUUAUUAACAGAGCAUCAUUAUUACAGGCAGAUUCACAGAAUGAAGAAUUACAGAUACAUUAUAAGGCUUGUUAUGCUCGAGUAUUGGACUAUAGACGCAAGUUUAUAGAAGCUGCCCAACGUUACAAUGAAUUAUCAUAUAAAGCUAUUGUAGCUGAUGAAGAAAGAAUGACAGCUUUAGUAAAUGCUCUCAUGUGUACUGUAUUAGCUUCUGCAGGUCAACAAAGAUCAAGAAUGCUGGCUACAUUAUUUAAAGAUGAAAGAUGUCAACAGUUACAAGCAUUCAAUAUACUUGAAAAAAUGUAUUUAGAUAGAAUUAUUAGAGGAAAUGAUUUAAAAGAAUUUUCUGCACUUUUACAAGAUCACCAGAAAGCAGUGACAGCAGAUGGAUCAACAAUUUUGGACAGGGCUGUGAUUGAACAUAAUUUACUGUCAGCUAGUAAACUCUAUAUCAAUAUAUCAUUUGAUGAAUUAGGAUCAUUGUUAGAAAUUGCACCAUCAAAGGCAGAGAAGAUAGCUUCACAGAUGAUAACAGAAGGACGAAUGAAUGGUUAUAUUGAUCAGAUUGAUUCUGUUGUUCAUUUUGAAUCCCCAGAAACAUUACCAACAUGGGAUAAACAGAUUCAAAGUUUAUGUUUUCAAGUUAAUAAUAUUAUGGAAAAAAUAUCAACAACAGCUCCUGAAUGGAUGAGUAAAGCCAUGGAAAAUCAACUGUCCUAGAUAUAUCUUAGCUAUUCAUGUACAGCAAAUAGAUAUAAAAGAUAUUUCCAAAACACACAUGUUAAGGCAUGGAAGAUAUUUGGAUCCUUAGUGAAUGUUUUUUCAUCCAAUGAAUUUAGUUUACUUUUCCAGAAUAAAUAGGCCGAAGCAGUUUGAUAUUUCAUUCUUCAAAAUCUUUUUAAAUAUCCCCAUUUCUGCAAGUUUUAUUGUCCCUGCCUUUAGGAUGAAAUGUGUCUAAUGUUAUUAUAUCAAUAUCUUAAUUAACCUCGAUAAUGAACAUUUUCUACUCAGAUUAAGCAGGGUGGUAAACAAUCUGAUUGUUCGAUGUUUUGUAAAAAGAUAAAUGUGCAAGUAAUUAAUGAGUGUCAUUUUUGGUACAUCAGUCUUACUGUUGCUUGUUUACUUCCUAAUUUCAAAGCUUGAUAAUUUAUAGCUGAAAGUUUGGGAGAGCUACCAAGUUUUUAUAUUGUUUUUUCCCAAUAAGAUAGAAAGAUUUUAAUAUGUGUUCCAAAGUCAAAUUGUGUGGCCUUUCCUUAACAAUCUUCAGUACACUAUAACUUAUUGCUUGAUUAAAAUUGAAAUGUUUUGUGUCUAUCAUAUAGAGAAGAGUGGAUAUAAAUCAAAAGAUAGAAUUCCUAUUUAUCCACAAGGAAAUACGAGAUUGGCAAGAAAAGUGCUAAAUCUUUGAGCUAUUUGUAUACUAUAUAUUAUUUUGUUUCAUUAUACAUGUGUAUAAUUAUCAAAUAUAUGUUUAUUUGCAUUAAAAUAUAAAAACUUC